AUGGCGAUGCUGCUCAUUUCAAAUUGCUUUACAGUAUGUACACGGCAUUCUCCACCGGUGAUCCUUGGCGAUUCGAUGGGAGAUACGGUAGCAUUACUGGGACAAGAUGUCGAUCUUACCUGUAAGGUGGACAACCUUGGACGGCAUAUGGUGGCCUUUGUGAGGUCGAGUAUACCACCACGAUUGAUCUCAUUUGACGAAAAGAUAUUUCGUCAAAAAGACAAGUACGAAUUGAAGUCGAAAAUGGGUCCGAUGAACAAUGAAUGGGUGCUGACGAUCAAAAACGUUCAGGAAGAUGAUCGUGGCAACUAUUCCUGUCAAGUGAAUGCAGAUCCAGUACUGACCGCCACAGCACAGUUGGAUAUUAAAGGUGUGCUCUUAUCUUCUUUCUUUUUUUUCUGA